UUGUCCAGCCCCGGCUCCCCUCCCUCGUCAACAAAAUAAAUACUGAACCCGAGGAGUUUGGGCCGUUACUACAGCAGCAGCGGCUGCAGGAAGAGGAGGGACUAGCGGGGCUGCGGCAGACGGGCUUUGGCACUGGGGCCGCCGUCGGAAAAGCUGCUUCACGGCCGCUUCCACCCUGCCCCCUUCGGCGGCUGCCGCGCAGUUCUCGCCGCGUCCCGUAAACAGCCCACAGGGGGAGGGGGAGCGAAGUGCGCGGCCGAGCGAAGGCGCCUCCUCAGCUGUCAUGUCUCAGCCUACGAAAGGCAAAAAGUCUUCCAAAGGGAGCAGGACGCAUGGUGAUAAACAUGGAGGUGGAGCAUCUGGAGAUAAAAAAGCUACAGAAGCAGCAGAGAAGAAGCCUACAAGUACUGGCAUCACUGAACCUCUCAAAACACACACAAGUGGAACACCUUCCAUCAGUAAGACCAAGCCGUCUUCUACUGCAGCAACAAAGGCACCUGCCAUGAAGCCUUCUGAAACAAAGGCUUCUUCAAGCCAUCAACAGACCAGUGGAUUGGAAUCCCACAAAAGGAAAAGAAACAAGAAGCAGUCAAAAGCGAAAACAGAACCUGAAAAGGCAGCACAGUUAAGCAAGCCACCAGAUUCUCAGACAAAACAUCCAUCAGAAGAGAAGCAGAAAGACCCUGGAGGGGCACAAAGUCCAAGCAAACCUUCUGUUGUAUCAGAACCUAAACAACCAAGUACCGGAAAAGCAGGUGCCAGUCAGAUUGACAAGUCACCAAAGGAACCAUCAAAAGAAGAGCCAAAGGCUAAAUCUGAUGACAAAUCAUUGUCCACUAAGGCAGCUGGUGCAGCUGCUACCACAGCUGGAGCAGCUGUUGCUGCUGCUGGCUUGACUUCUGCAGAGAGUAAAGAAAAUAAAUUGGCAGCCACAACUCCAGCUGCAGCAGGAACAGACAGUAAAUCAUCUGAAAAGUCUGCCUUAGAUGAUUUAAUAGAUUCACUGGGAAGUCCUGAAGAAAAUGAGCCACCAAGUCCUGCAUAUACUGGACCACAUGUUUUGGACCCAAUGUCGUCCUUGAACAUAGAAGAGCUUGGCAUACGAGAGGGCACCAUUCCUCCAGAGUAUAGGAAACUAUUGGAGGGAGAUGGCAAAGUAGUGCCCCCACCAGCAGCAAAGGGAGAAUCUCAGCCAACUAUGACAGAUGAUGACCUUGCAGAUGCUCUGUCAUCUGAUUUUACUUGCAGUGCUGUCCCAAGUGCUGGAGACGAGAAAGCCACACCAGAAGAGAAGCCUGCAGGAGACAGUGAUCUUGUGCAAGCGCAGUCUACAAAUUUGGUCAGCAGUUCAGCUCCUCCUAAAGAGAAGAAACCAAAGCUGGAAGAGGAGGAAAUUAGCAGCAGUGCCCUGGAUGCUCUCGUAGAUACUCUUGGCAUGCCAGAACCAGAGCCUGAAGUAGACAUCAGCUCCAUCGUGGAAGUUGAAGAGCCAAAAGCCAAAGAAAAGAAAGAAAAAAAGCCUGGUGAACAAGAUGAUGCCAUUCCUCCAGAGUACAGGUUAAAACCAGCCACGGAUAAAGAUGGGAAGCCCUUGUUGCCAAAACCUGAAGAAAAACCUAAGCCUAUUAGUGAAUCUGACCUAGCCGAUGAAUUUUCCAAAGAUUUUGUCUGUCCUGCUCCUCCUGCAGAAAAAUCAGAACCAUCUGAACCUACUGAUGUGACUAAGAAACCUGCAGCUGCUGAAACCCCAAAAGGGCCUAGUGAAAAAGUGGAUGGUUCUGCUGCUGUUCCUCCAGUGCAAUCUUCUGCUGCAUCAGUAGUUUCUCCACCUUCAUCAGCUGAACCCAAAAUACCUCCUAAAGAAGAGGUGAUAUCCACAACUCAUGUUUCUUCUGUUCAGUCUUCAGCUCCAUUGGCAACUUCUCCAAGUGGACAUGUACCUGAUGAUGUGUUGGAAGCCUUAUCUGGAAGUCUAGGGGGGAAAGAGCCUGAUCCAGAAGAAAAAAAGCCGGCUGUGGAUAAAGUGAAGGAAAAAGCAAAACAAAAAGAACAUGAGAAACUUGGAGAAGAUGAAGAAACCAUCCCCCCUGAUUAUAGACUAGUUGAAGCAAAGGAUAAAGAUGGGAAGCCUCUUUUACCAAAACAUGAAGAAAAAUCUCAACCCAUCAGUGAAAGUGAGCUUCUUGAUGCCUUGUCAGAAGAUUUUUCUUGUUCUUCAGCACCGACAUCAAAGGCUGAACCUCAAAAACCUACCGCUGUUAGCGAGACUCCCUCUAAAGAAAUUGUUUCUUCUGCCUCGGCUUCUGCAGUGCAUUCAUCAGCUCCACCAGCAGCAGCCGCCCCAGGUGGGAAAGAACUUGAUGAUGCUGCAGAUCUUCUGGCAGACUCACUGGGGCAAAGAGAACCUGACCCAGAUGAAAAUAAACCAGUUGUGGAUAAAGUAAAGGAAAAGGCUAAAUCUGAACAUAAAGACAAACUUGGGGAGAGAGAUGAUACAAUCCCUCCUGAAUAUAGGCAUCUUCUGGACUCAGAUGAGAAGGGCAAGCCUAUGAAGCCAACAGGCAAGGAUGGCGAGAAACCCAAAGAACAAAAGAAGCCAGCUGAUGACUCAGCAGCUAUUGAUGCACUUUCUGGAGACUUUGAUAGUUGUGGGAAACCUCCUGUAUCUCAGCAGCCACCAACAAAGGGUGAAAAAGCAAAAGAUACUGCCACAUCUAAAUCAGUUACAAAGGAUGAAAAGAAACCUAAAGGUUCCAAAAAGGCAAAGGAGCAGUCUUCCAGUGCAAAAUCUGAAAAACAAAAAAAAAGUUAAAUGUCACUGGGCUUUCCAUCACUAGUACAAAAACUUCACUUUGAUGGUGGAUAGCUGCACUUGAACACCAAAAAGCUAUUCUGCAGAAGCAAGAUUAUUUCCUGGGUGGUUUUGGUAUUUGUGGUAUUUGGAUAUUUUGCCAUGCCAGGCAUACAUUUUGCUAUUUUCAUGGAUAAACUAACUUUUUCUAGUCAUUUUACUGUCUUUAUUUUGUCAUUUUUCUUCAGUUCUGAGAGGGAAGGGAUGCUUUAUAUUUGUAAGAAAUGUACUUCCUAUGAAUAGCAAUGCAAAAAAGUCUGCAGUUUUGCACACAGUCUACACACAGUGCCUGUAAAUCUCAGCAGAAUUCACCAAAUCUGUGCUAACUUUUUUUUUUUUUUUUAGUCUAAUGGACGCAUUAAACAUGCUGGAAUGAAGUCUGGAUGUUAUGUUCCUUUGGGGGAGCAGUUAGUAAAGAGUGAAUGAUAAAUGCAAAAAUUAAAAGUGGGAGCAAAGCAGAAGCUGUUUCUCAUCCUCAGCUUCUAACUAUAUAGUACUGAAUAUGAACAGCACCAUUAGUAUUUUAAGUUUAAAUUUUGUAUCUCUGCCUUUGGUAUCCUUUUGCUGCCUCUGCUAACAGCUUCCAGGGGGGGAAAACUAACAGUGUAUCAGAAUUAUCAAAGAAGAAUGGUGGUACUACAGAAGAGCUGUAAUUCUGCAGUAUCUGUUUCACUCUCUGAUUGGCAUAACUGCACGGGCCAAGCCAGUGUCUCCUUCCUCCCACCUAAGGAAUUCAGAUGACCCAGCAGUUGUUUCCUGAUGUGUAUGCUCAUAGCACAGCUAAUUUGGAGGUGUUUUGUGAGUUCAUUCUGGAUGCAAUGCUUGUUCAAAUUUACAUACACACCCCAUGACAUUUACAGUAAGAGUGGCUAUGGCUUUAACAGCAGAUACGCUUUUGCACUUU